UCGAAGAUGGCGGACGAAGCACGUGGUGACGAGCCGGCCGGCACCGAAUACGAUGAACGUUUGGAUUUCUUCAGCCCCAACUUUGACCCUCUUCUGGCGUUGGAAACUACCAACGUCCAACCGCCGGUACCGGUGGCCAAAGUUCAUGACAACAUCCAGAUGUACCAUUGCGCCCAGAACAAGAAACCCUCAUCCGGUAAGACGUCCACCGUUGUCAAGCCUGGUAGCUCGAAGACUCAACAGGUGGCGCCGCUGUUCGAGAGAAAAUUCCUGCCGCACCAACUGCCCGUAAAAAUCGAGAGAGCGCCGAGAAAACCGCUCGGUAACGUGUUGACGAAGAUGGACGAGAUCACCGGACCUCUGCAAGUGCUGAAGGAUUGCAUGGAUCGUCGUGUCAGGAUCAAAGUUUGGACGAGGUCCGGCCACGGGAUUAGAGGCCACUGUGUCGCGUUUCUAACAGCGUUCGACAAGUAUUGGAAUAUGUCUUUGGUGGAAGUCACAGAAAUCUGGACAAGGCCUAAGAGAAGGAAAGUGCCAGCCUUAGAUGGAUUCAAGGAAAACCGGAAGGAUGAGGAUAUGGAAUCGAGGCGAGGUCUGUUUCCUGAUGUCGCUGUGAUAGAGCAAGGCAAGAAGACAGAAACGUGCAGGAGAUACGUUAAUGAAUUAUUGGUUAGAGGCGAGCAGGUAGCAUUUAUAGUUGUCCUGCAAGGACAGGAAUAAGUGCACUCCGUGAAACGGCGGCCGCGCAAUCUGCAUAAUUUAUAAUUUAAUUAAAAUAUUUACAAAGGCUUCGUCACUUAGAAAGAAAGAAAAAAAAAACAACAAGAAAAAGGACGAAGAGAGAAGAAAAUAAAUGAACAAGAGCGCGCGUUUCACACCUACUUAAGUUUAAGUUAAGUUUAUUUAGUCUGACAGGUAACAGUUUCUUUGUUGUUGCAUGUUUUUUUAU